AUGAAGAAACUCGGUGAGCGGUGGGGCAAUGAUUUAGUCAUCUUGGCCUUUCCAAGUCGUGAAUUCGGAAAGCAGGAAUUUGAAAAGGAUGAAGAUAUCCAGAAGUUUGUUGCGGAAAAGGGGUUCCCUGGUGUUCUUUUGAAGCUGGGAAAGGUGAAGGGGUCAGAAGCGUCUGAGGUCUGGCGAUACAUGAAGGGUGUGACAGGUGCAAAAAAUCCAAUCUGGAACUUCAGGGCCAAGUAUCUUGUCUCUAGAGAUGGAAAUGUCUCCACUCCGAAGGGGAAAUUAGAAGACGCAAUUGCAGCAUUGAUGUAA